AUGGACAUUGUCCAGCGGACUCAAAUCCGGGAAGGCCUAUCCAAGUCAAUCACUUCGAGACGGCGGGUCGCAACGGCCCCCUAUCGUCGCCUUCACUGUUCAGCGUGCCCUCGGACCUUUGUAAGACCUGAUCAUCUUCAACGUCAUGAGAGGACACAUACAAAUCAGAAGCCAUUUUCAUGCCCGGAAUGUCACCGCGCGUUUGCGCGCCGAGAUAUGGUGCUUCGCCAUGCAGCACAGGUUCAUCCCAUGCCUACAUCUGCGCACUCGGACAUGCCGGACGAUUGCUUUUCGUUUGAAGAAUCGACAGCGUGGCUGGAUUGUUUUGCACCACAAGAGAGGGAAGCCAGCCCGAGACAAGAGCCGAGCGGGACCACAGCGGCCCAAAGUUCACGAGAUCCAGACAUGCGCGAGACCCCGUCUGACGGUCACGGAGAAGACAGUUGCUCUCAAGCUGUUGACAUAUCUCCAGGCGGUGACGAUACUCGACACAGCGCACUGCCACCAGAUCCGUCUCCUACAACAAGCGAGCUACAACAUACAGAACGCUGGCUGAUAACCCCCUCACGGGACUACUGGGUUUCUAAAGAUAUCUCGGUCCAAAAGGCUGUAGAUCGACUAAUCACACCACCCAGGUCAAGUUCAGUAACGUCUACGUCUCCCGACCUCGCCGCCCUCGACCUCGAAAUGGACCAGUCUGAUAUGACGACGCGGCUGCUAUCAGGGAUCCACUUUUUGCCAGCUUUCGACGGCCUUCUCUCAGCAAUGUCCUUUGGGCCAACAGGAUGCCGGCCAUUUUCGCCGCCGUCGCCGUCGCCGAUGGUGUCGUUGAGUUCCAUGUUGAACAGGAGCAACAUCGACGCUCUCUUCAAUUCCUACAGACAGUAUUUCAAUCCCAAUUUGCCGCUUUUGCAUUUGCCAACACUCGAUCUUGACUCAGCAUCGAUCGAAGUCCCUCUGUCUCCUACAAUAGAGGAAUGGCCGACAUCUGCACUGCUGUCCGGUCGACGCCGCAUGCAACGGCCGCUGCUGUUGUCGACGCUCGCAUUGGGCGCCGCUUUUUGCGGCGAAGUCACCUUGGCUCGAGAGUUGUACCGGCAAACAAGCGCAGCACUUACAUCCUCCUUGAAAUCAGUCCGCAACCUGCCGGUGGAAUCGGCUCCCAUACAAAUCAUGCAAGCCCUCCUGCAACACCUUGUAUGUGGGACUUUUUUUGGAGAGACAGCUUUGAAUGAGACGACAAAGAGCGGCUGUGUCUCUUUGCUGGCGCUGAUCAAAGGCGCGGGCAUUGGCACGUCUUCACACGCCUUCCAACCUGUUGACUCGUCUCUCGAGAUAGGGCAGCACGUCAAAUGGCUGAUAUGGGUCCAUCAGGAAGAGCAAAAACGCCUCUUUUUCUCGACCCUGUGGUUGGUCAGUGCCUUCAAUAUGUAUUUCAAUGGUAUCUGUCGUCCAUCCUUGGCCGAUGUGGAAAUCAGUCUCCCGUGCAAGGAGGCAUUAUGGGAAGCCCCUGAUGCGCGAUCCUGGGCCGAGCUCCAACCGAACUCGUCGACGACGCCGUCACUUGUCGACGAGUUCAAGGCUCUUUUCGACCUAAAUACUCCAUCGCACUCUACGAGUCUCGAUGUUGACUUGGAGAACGAGACUAAUUUUCACGAGCAAGCUCUCGAAAUGCAACAGCAAGAUACCGUCGCUGAUAAGGGAAUCGGAGAAUUUGCCUGUUUGUUGCUGAUAUCGGUCCUGCAUGUCUGCGUCCUUGCACGGACUCAAAAUCAGCCGUCGCCGCUGGCAGAUGACGUGAUACCUAACGAUGUCCCAUCUCUCAAAUCCGCAGUCAGACGGUGGCAGCGACUGUGGUUGAGUUUUCCUCGACAGCCUUCCUUCGGAACCAGAUAUCGCUUACUGAUGAGCUGCCUUCCCAUGCUCGAUCACAUCAAUCUAUCCUUUAAACUCGACGAUCGGGCCAUGAAAGAAGCUAUCCAUCGACGAGACCUGACCUCAGUGAAGCUCGUGCCCUUGUCGGAUAGCCCGGGCCACACCGCCCGGACUGCCGGAACGUCAGUAGACCACGAACAGUACCUCUGGAAUGCAUCAGAGACAUUGGAGCAGGAGAUUUUGUGGCAUGAGAUAACCUUAUAUGCCAGCCAUGCGUUGGAAGCCACAUUUCGACUUGCACCCUGGUGGACAUCUCCUUCAGAAGCUUCUCAUAUGCCCCUCCAUUCGGCGAUGAAUGUAUUCCACUGUUUACAAGUUUUCGCCUCGUGGGCAUCAGGGUUCCAAAGAGAAACACAAGCAUAUGACUCUUUCCGCCAAGGUGACCUGUGGUCCGAAGAAUUUUGGACCAUCAUCCAAGCUUGCCGUCGUUUGAUUCGCAAGUGUCGGAGUAAUAUGGGCUUGACUGGAUCUUGUGCGGCCAUCGAAGCCCCGGUCAAAGGUUUUCGAGGUGCCGCCGAAAUAGUCUUGACGCUGCUGCAAGUAUAUUCCCGCCUCCUGUCGGAGUAUUCAUCGGUGUGGCCAGUCCUGAACAACUUGUCGGAAUGCCUGCAAUAUCGAGUGGCAGUCAUGAGUAAACAGAUCGAGGAUAUGGCAUCUGGGCAACAAUCGACCUUCCCAUAA